AACUUACCUUUACUUUGGUGUAAGUUGUGAUGAUAUUCAACAGGAAACGUAACAUAAAUGAAUGAAACUGGUUUAAAAAUUUACUUUGGUAUUGUUGACGUUAUAUUGAAAAAUAGAAAUUCUUAAGUUAUUAUCGUCAACUAAGGCUAACGCUGUAGGAAAUACUGUAUCUUCAUGUUUUGUUUAGGCUUAAAAAUUAAGUAUUGAGAAGCAGAAAUGUUACGUUUAAGAUGCCGUUAACUAAAUGGCAGAUACUAGUUUUGACUGCUCUAAGUUAUUGAGUAAAUUUGUACGUAAUGUGACCCUUAGCUGAUGUUGUUAUAUAGCCUAAAAUACAAAAGAGUUUUUUAAGAACCCUAUCCAAGUCCAGUAGCCCCCUUUGGAUCAAGCUUUGGAUAACGAUGACCUGGAUGAAUUAGAACCUACAAGACCCACAAGAGAAUAUGCUUUAUUAGCAUUUGCACAGGUGUUUGAUGAAGAUGAUUUCCUUAUCACCAUCUGAUAGGCCAUGAUAGGCUUGUCAAGUAAUGCGGGGGUUAUGGAAAGUCUAAUGAACUCUGCUGAAGAGCAGCAACCCUCCUCUCCCCUAAAUUCAUGGUCCAAAAAGCAGGAAUCAGGCAGGAAUCAUCAGCAGAAACUAGCUGGUGGAUUUGUUUUAGUGCACGCAGGAGCAGGUUACCAUUCUGAAUCCAAGGCCAAGGAAUACAAGCAUGUGUGCAAGAGAGCCUGCCAGCGAGCUGUGGAUCGGCUCAAAGCUGGGGCACUCGCUGUGGAAGCCGUGGCUGCUGCACUGGUUGAACUUGAGGAUUCUUCGUUUACAAAUGCGGGCAUGGGCUCGAACCUUAACUUGUCAGGGGAAAUUGAAUGUGAUGCAAGUAUCAUGGAUGGGAAGACGCUGCAUUAUGGUGCCGUAGGAGCUUUAAGUGGAAUUAAGAACCCAGUCUUGGUUGCAAACCGUCUACUGAACGAAGCACAGAAAGGGAAACUGUCAGCUGGCAGAAUACCACCCUGCUUCUUAGUGGGGCGAGGAGCACACGAUUGGGCGGUCAGCCAUGGGAUACCACCAUGCCCGUCAGAGAAAAUGACCACCAAGUUCAGUUUAUCUGCAUACAAGAGAAACAAGAGGAAGAUGGAGCUGGCAGAGAAAAUGGACACAGGGCACAAUCAGACAAAGAGAAGACGACAAUCAAGUGAAAAUGAAAAUGGUUCAGAAUGCCUUGACACAGUGGGAGCUGUGGUUGUGGACCUGGAGGGAAAUGUAGCUGCAGCGGUGUCCAGCGGAGGCCUCGCUAUGAAACAUCCUGGCAGGGUUGGCCAGGCUGCACAUUUUGGAUGUGGCUGCUGGGCGGAAAAUGCCUGUAACAUGAGCCCUUACUCUACAGCAGUGAGUACCUCAGGCUGUGGGGAGCAUCUGAUUCGCACCAUGCUGGCACGGGAAUGCUCUGCUGCCAUGCAGUCUGAAGAUGCCCACCAAGCACUGCUGGAGGCUAUGCAAAACAAGUUCAUCAGCUCACCCUUUCUGGCCAGUGAAGAUCGUGUUCUGGGCGGAGUCAUCGUCCUGCGCUGCUGCAGAUGUGUGGAGGCAUCACCAUCUCAAAAUAUUCAGGGCAUUCUGGUGGAGUUCCUAUGGAGUCACACCACAGAGAGCAUGUGUGUUGGCUACAUGUCUGCCCAAGACAGCAGAGCAAAGACGCACAUAUCCAGAUUACCCCCUGGGACGGUUCCUGGACAGAGUCUGGCCAUCGAGGGAGGUGUGUGCCGACUGAUGAGCAUGGUGGAGUGAGCAGCGUACUUCCUCCUUCUGGGCUUCUUCAGCAAUAUGCCAGUGCAAAGUCCUUUCAGCCACCCACAAACACACACCUUUCACCCCCUUUACCAUGUUGAUACCAGAAGUAAUAAGCUUUAGCUUUUCUAACAGGAAGGAGGUCGGGGUCUUAUCUUCUACUUAGUGCACUUACAGGACUUCCCUUUGCCACAGUCUGCCUCCAGCAUGCACUCGAUGCCAGUUUACCCCCCUAAUCUCUCCAGUGUCACCUGGAUUAGACUUGAUGCACCAUUGCCUUGAUGCACCAUUUUCUCUUUGUUACUCUCAGCCAACUUAAAGUUACUUCUUUCCUUUUGUACAUAAGCUAUGAUUUAGGAAAACAGGGUGGAUGUUUCAAUGGUUUUGUAUUUCUGAACAGAUGUGACUAUUUUCAAGACUUUCAAAUGCAAGAACUCAUUUUUCUCUCAUAAGACUUUUCAGUUUUUAAGGGAUCGUUUGUAUGAUUUAAAGUGGGGUUGUAUUUGGUAUCUAUCUCUUUAUUACCUACAAGACAUGGCAGCCAGCAGCACCUCUGUUUGGAGAAGUUGAUUAGACAUAAUCUAACACAUCAGAUAGACUGAUUCACAAACCCAGGGCAUGGGGAAAGUUAGUACCAUGGAGAAGGCAACAUGUUUCAGAAAAAGGGUAGGAGGCUAAUUGGAUGAACCUUCUAACUUGCGUUCUUUACGGCCAAUCAGAACAACAAAUCACCAUAAAAUGGCCACUGAGGAGUGAACCAGAUAAUGCAACUCUUGCCGAAGCCUUAUCCACAAAUAUGCACAAAACUCUUGAAAUUGUCCCCAAUUUUUUCUUUCUGACAGAGAAGCAUAACCAUAUUUUCCUUCUUGUAGUCUUUUUGACUAAACCACACCAGCAGCUACCAUUUUUUUCUCCUCAAAUGAAGCUUCAUUGGUUUUGUCUGUAGAUCAGACUAUGUGCAUAAGAACUAAGAAACAUAAAGUCAGUUUGGAGCAAAGGACCUGCAGAGUUUUUCUGAAGUACAUGCUUUUUUAGUCAUAUUUGUAUACUUUUUUGUUUAGAUUUCUUUUUAGCUGCUUUAAAAUGAAGUAUCAACAGCACCCAGUAGGCUUGUUUUAUACCCAGGAGAGAAACAUUCAUAUGAUAUUAGAAAAAUCCAGACAAUAUUGAUACCUAUGAGGCAUCCAGUAUUGGGAACAAUCUUCUUUUGUAAUGACCGACACAUGCAAGCCAAGUCCAAGCCACUAAAUUCCAAACAUAUUUGCAACAUCUUGCCACUGAAAUGUUGCUAAUGUGUUUGCACAGUUUAGCUGGUUCUCUGUCUUUUGAACACAGCUUGGAGUUAAAAGUAUGACAGAAGAACCUUUGGUACUCUUCAGUGCUGUAUAUCGUUGAUUCCCAACCUGGGGUCCAGGCCCCCUUAGGGAGGCCGCGCAGCCCUGUCUUCUCUGACAUUGUCAAAACUACAUUUGCAUAUUUUUUUAAAACCACCAUUAGAGUCAAAAGGGCCACCCUAAGAGAUUUAAAAAUAGAUUUAUUAUUAACUAUUGACCCAAACUCAACUUUCUUUAGACCAUAGGCGUAUAUUUACAAGAAACCAAACUCAGCUUUUCAGAGUUUUAAAAGUCUGAAAUUUAUAAGAAAAAACUUGAAGUGAUCAAGUUUAAAAAGUUGUAGAUUUUGUCAAUACAAACUCAGAAAGUCACGCUUUUAAAGUCAUAAAUUAACAGCUUUGUAAAGUCGUAACUUUACAAGAAACCAACCUGAAAACAACAGGUGGAUACUCCAAGUUUACAGAAACGUGUCCUCCAAGUCUAAAUGGUAGUGAUGAUGUGAUGAUACUGGGCUAAAAUCACAAGUUUUUCCUCAUGGAUCAGUCGGUAAAAGUCUAAUUUUAUCAGGCUCUAAUCUGCAGAUUUUGUGUAAGGGAAACAGCCUCGUCUGGUGUAACUUUCCUCCAUGCAAUCGGCUGUUUUAGACUUUGUACUCUCAAAAAUUCCCAGUUUUUGUCCAUGUAGAUUUAGAACCAUUAAAUUAAAAAGAAUAUUUUUUUUCUUGUAAAUUUUCAACUUUUUGAACUUAAAAUUUGUGGGAGUUUUUUCUCAAUAAUUAGCAGCUCCUCUUUAUGUUUAUAUUUUUUACAGUGGUCCUGAUAUGCCGUCGUAGUAAUGGAUAGUUUAUACAUAGAUCUUUUGGCACAAACCUAUUAAAUAAGUAGGUCUAUUAUGUUGUGAUUUUGUCAGCAAAUAAAAAAAAAAGUUGUUGGUUUUUUUCCUAAUGUAUGAGUAGGGGGCUCUAAGGAAAAAAGCUUGGGGACCACUGCUAUAUAUCAUUACAAUUAGGGAGAUUAUAUUGUUUAAUAUUGUGAUGCUAAAAAGCAUCAACUCAUUAACAAUUUUGAAAGUUUAUUUGGAUUUAUUCCUACAAUAUGCACCUGUGUUAUGAAUCAGAUGUGCCUUUUUAACUUUUUCCUCUUGAACUACACUGUAGUGCCGAUACCGUCAUAAAUGUAGAGAUUGUUUUGUUUAAAAGCAAUCUGUAUCAACAAAUUUCAGUAUCUGCAGAGGGUUUUUUUUUUUUUAAUUUUCAAGACACAAAUGAAAACCCUAUUCCUACUUCCAUAUUUAUCAUGCAGCUCAGAGGAUGAAAUGGGUCUGUACUGUGUGGAUAUGACAGAUUAUAAAGCGAUCAUAGACAGAGACUCUACUGGUUAACUGGAGAGUACCUGUACUGAGACAAAGUGACAUUUAUGUAUUCCAUGCACUGUGCCCAAGUACACACAAAUGAGAAAACCCUUUUCUUUUGUGGCUUUGCUCCCAAAUUUUAUUCAUGUAGAAGUAUUUUGCUAGUAAAGCAUGAAUUAAUCUCGGAUUUGUUACAGGCUUUUCUGUUUAUUUGCAUUCAGCUAAUAAAAAUGUCAAAAGCUGCCCGAUCUUACCCACAUUUUAAAGGCAUUUUAGUGUCAUAUUAUAGGUCACAGCCUCUAUAGCAGAUUGAAGCAGAUCCUGAAAGAGGCUCCCUUGAUAUCCGUCUUAAUCCAAAAUCGAUUUCAGAAUUGAAUCACAUUGAAUCAUGUGAUACUGAAAGAUCCACACCCCUAUGUAGAUUUUUCCAGCUUCUACAAACAUAUCUGUGCUGACUGCCACCUUUCAUAAGUACCAAAUACACCUCCACUUUAGUAAAUGUGAGCUAUCCCUUUAAAAAGAUGUCAGAUUGCACUUGGUAAAAAGCCUGCUACUCAAAAUAUUUCUUAUGAAUGAAGCAUUUACAGCUGUGAGAGUUUAAGCUACGUUAAAUCUAUUUACAAUGUUAAUACACAAAGAUUUACUUCCAUGUACUCACUCACAUGUUAUUAAUCUUGCUGUUUUAUGUAGCAUUCUGUGCAUUUUAGUUCAUGAGAAUUUUCAGCUUUGCUUUGAUUGUUUUCAAAUGUGAAUACACGACCAUUGCAUGUAUAGAUCUCGCUCUAACCACCACUCUCUGACAGAAACGGGGAGCUAUGCACUUCCACAGUGAUGCUGAUACAUUAUAGUGCUCAGGUAGCAGCAUUUAAUCCCACCAACAAACACGACUGUUAGUCCUCAUUAAAGACAAAAUCACAAUUUAUAUUUCUAUAGUCGCAUCGAUGGAGACAUGUAUUUUCUAGCUAAAAGAAAAGCUACUUAUGCAUUCAGCCCAUGAAAUGGUGCUGUUGAGAGCUAAAUUGAACCUUGUGUUGGGGAUAAGUUACUACUAAGAAUUUCAGUCUCGACAAACCAUAUCAGAGCUACUUUAUUCUUUACUUGAAAAUGCAAAUAAUAUAAGAUGUUGUAAGCUAUGGGAAUGUGUGCACAGCUCUCUACAGUGCUCAAAAAGUGAAUAAAAUCUAUGU